AUGGUUGAGAGUGAAAACGCUCUAAGAGACAAUAUUAGACGAAAAGGAGAGAACUCUUAUUACUACGCACACGCUCCCCGGCCAGACGAAGUUCCAGACCACGCAAUAGUCCUGGAAGGAGACGGAAUCAUCACAGGAGGCCCUCCAAAGCUGAUUGCUAGAGACCAACAAUUCACCCCGCAGCCUCACAUCUUCAACAUCAGAAACUAUUCGUGGAGCGACGAAAACGACAAAGUAACCAUCUAUAUUCCAUUUGAAGAAGAUGUGGACCCUGAUCUGGUAACUUGCAAAUUUGACACAAAAGAAGUGGACUUGACUUAUUCUUUCUCAGACACUGAGACCAGGAAGCUCUGGCUGAAGAAGCUUUCCAACACUAUCAGCCCAACCCAGUCCAGCUACAAAGUGAGGAAAAACAAAAUCGUGAUUACGCUGAAGAAAGUCGGCUCUCUCAGCUGGUACAAGUUAGCGGAAAACUAA